CCAGGCAGGGCUGCUAGGCAACGCCUAGCAGCAGGGCUAACGCGACCUGCUGCGGCCGGGUCUUCACCCAACCAUGCCGAGCGUCGGGGCCCCGAGAGCGAGCCGGUGCCACCUGCGGGAGAGACCCGGACACCACCGUGAGCCACGUGCGCAGAUAGCCUGGCAGCCUGGAAACGCGGCAGCACUUCGGACUUCUUCCUGUCCCAUGACAGGAAGCGUGCCAGACCAGCCACCAGGCCGCAGACCCACAGAGGCAACAGCAUCUCAAACCUCCAAGACUUGCAGCCUAAUAUUUUGCCCACAGACGUGGUGGCACAUGCCUAUAAUUCCAGCACCCAAGAGGCUGAGGCAGAAAGAUCACCGCAGGUUCGGGGCCAGCCUGGGCUAUAUGGUGGUAUGGAACCCAAGGACAUCCCAACACCCGGCCCGCACCAUCAUCUCCACCUUGGGCAGCCACCAGGGAAGCUGAACAGAAACAGAUGACCAGGGAGCCUGUGGGUUGGCCCUGUGUGCCUGACUGAGCUGGGCUUAGACCUCAGGCUCUGCUGCUCUGUCUCUAGCCACCUGUUUCCGAUGCCCUGCCUUCUUCCCCCCUCCUCAGGGCCUGCAGGCUGUGGUCCCAAACUACAGACCACAUCUCCCCCAGAGAAAUUAGGGAGCCCUGUUCAUUGUCUUAGGUGGAAGUCCUUUCUCAGGCAGUAACCGGAGGGCUGCGUCUGUGGAGGGUUACCGGGCCCACUCUAAGCGGGUUGUUGUCACCCUGAUGUCUAGGCCUCCAUCUCCUCCUGUCCCCCACAUACUCAAGUCUGAUAUAAUCCCUGGGCUCCCAUGAUAGUAUCAAAAAGCAACAAUAAGCACCUUUCCUUUCCUUCCAGAUGUACUUACAAUCCAAAGCCCUACCCAUUUGUUACUCAGAAAAGCUCAGUCUUCAUCUACUUCCUGGGAAGCAAAAUCUUGUCUUGUAGCAGGCAGCUUCCUCCUGAUGCGGAACCUCCGAACAGUUCAGGAAAGCAUCUGUUUUUGUGGUCAGCCCACGUAGAACUUCGAGGCCAAAGAAAGACACCUCGGGUCACCCCUUCACAGAGACAGGCAGAGUCCCCAGGGAGGGGGAGGGUGUCAGCAGCCUCCAAGAACACCAGGUUGGGGAGCAAGAUUUUCCCACCCCCAUUCUCCCAGCAGGCAGGAGGUGCCCACAAGACAUGGGGCGCCUUCCUGCUUCCUCCCUCCCCGGCAGGCUCUGCAGUUGUGGCUUAGCUUAGUCAACAUGACCAGGGCCUGGCCCAGUCUGGACGCAGUGGGAAGAGGCCUUGGGGGGGGCACCUGGCACACUGCAGUGUGGCAGGUGCAGAGAAGCAAAGCCCACUGUGAUGGGAGAAAAGGCUUCAGGUACAAAGACACAACCCCGGCUAAGCAAGCUGGGACCAAGCGCCAGGGGCCUCACACCACAGCAACCCGGCGGGCAGGCAGUACAGAGAGUCAGGGACGGGAACAGGAGCAAAGGGCGGGGGCCAUACCCACAAUGGGGUCGCCAAAACACUGCACCUAGGAGUGUCCGCCUGAAGUCUCCUGCUCUGGACCUAGGCAAGCUUCAAUGCCACAGUCGCCAGGAGGCUCUGGAAAAUUUACCACUUCCCUUCCAUUUGCAGGGAGCUGUGCUGGUCACGUUCCGGUCCUCUCUGUCCCUUUAGUUACUUUGCUGCAGGGAAAGGAAAAGAUAGCUACUCCAAUAGGGGGUCUGGAUGGGGACCCUGGUCCCCUGCAGGCCUCCCUCCUCAAGGAUCCCUGCUCUGCUAAGGGGCUCUGCUCCCCAGGGUUCUCUAUCCCAUGGGAUUUGCAUCGGUCACCUAUGUAGCUAACAGAUUGAAAGCCAUGUCUGCCAACAAUAAAGGGGAGACCCAGACCCAGUGUGCCCUUUACUUCGCUCCUGUAUUUCUGAGGAGACUCAAAGACACCCUAGAGGGGCUGGGGAUUUAGCUCAGCGGCAUAAGCGCCUGCCUUGCAAGCAGGCAGUCGUGAGUUCGAUCCCUGGUACCGGUAAAAACGAAAAAGACAAAAAAAAAAAAAAAAAAAAAAGACACCCUAGAAAACCACCCCCACCCCCACCCCUUCAGACUUCCGUUGGUCAAAUGUGACCUAGCUGUAGUGUGGCUAUCAUCAUGUAGGUGGCCAGCGUACCUUCCUUGCUAGCUUCCAUGUCGGAGAAGACAUUCUAGGUACUGGUGUGGGCGCGGACAGUGGCGACCCCGUGUGACCAAGGAGCGUGCCCAGAGGGGUGUCCUCCACCCUCCUCCCUGGGGUAAAGGCCUUGGAUGUCAUCCAAGGAGCCACCCACCCACCUCUGCCCCCUCCCUGUGAUCUGAUGCCAUCAUCUGGGCAAACGACCUCCAGUGCAGCCGGGGUGGGCCAAUCCGGGGCGCCUGGGUCAUUUGUAGCCUGCAUGGAAAGAGAUGGCUUCUUCCGGUGCAGAGCAUGAGCUCUGAGGAAAGCCUGGGGCUGAGCAGCUUUCCGACUGCUGGGAAUGGGAGGCUGGGCUCGGAAAGGGAAGAACAGGAGGGACGAGAGAGUUCCUGGGCCUAGAGAGCAUUUCGGGAGCCCCGAGUUCACUUCAGUCUUUGAUUUUUCUGAUAGCCAAUAAACCAAUAAAUUCCUUUUUCUUUCUUUC